CUUUUUAACAGACUGUUUGACCUCCUCAUCAACAAGCCACUUCCUCUUUUGUCUAAUUUCAUGGCGAUCGGGAGAGAGGGAACAGCGACGACGCACGCACACUGUCUCGGCACUCUUGAAAAAGAGUUUACUCCGGUGUAAACUAAGUGAUAACACGACGGGCACACCAAGCAUUGUUCUUGAGGUGAUACCAAGUGGACAUCAUUAAAGGGGCCCCACCAGCACUUAGAUCUGUUCUUCGCUGUCCCAGGUUAAGACUACUUGGUCUAUGGCUCUGAUGGACAAACACAAACAAGUCAAGCGGCAGAGACUUGACCGUAUUUGUGAGGGUAUCCGACCCCCUAUCCUGAAUGGGCCGAUGCAUCCGCGGCCCCUGGUGGCCCUGCUGGACGGGCGGGACUGCACUGUGGAGAUGCCCAUCCUCAAAGACGUGGCCACAGUGGCUUUUUGUGAUGCUCAGUCCACACAAGAGAUUCAUGAGAAGGUGCUAAAUGAAGCUGUGGCCGCUCUGCUGUAUCACACUAUUACUUUAUCCAGAGAUGACUUGGAGAAAUUUAAAGGCCUACGAGUGAUUGUCCGGAUUGGCUCGGGCUUUGACAAUGUUGACGUUAAAGCAGCUGCUGAGCUUGGCAUUGCAGUGUGUAACGUACCAGCAGCCUCAGUGGAGGAGACAGCCGACACUUCGUUAUGUCUGAUUCUCAACCUGUACAGGCGAGUCACCUGGAUGCACCAGGCCCUAAGGGAGGGAACCCGUGCUUCUAGUGUGGAGCAGAUCAGGGAAGUGGCAGGUGGAGCUGCUCGAAUUCGGGGGGAAACGUUGGGCAUCAUUGGUCUAGGACGUGUUGGACAAGCUGUGGCACUGCGGGCCAAGGCCUUUGGAUUUGGCGUGAUCUUUUAUGACCCCUACCUGCCAGAUGGCGUUGAGCGUUCACUGGGCCUGCAGCGAAUGGCCACGCUGCAGGACCUGCUCAUCCAUUCUGACUGUGUGUCCUUGCACUGCAGCCUCAACGAGCACAACCAUCACCUCAUUAACGACUUCACCAUCAAACAGAUGCGUCAAGGAGCCUUCCUGGUGAACACAUCAAGAGGCGGUCUGGUUGAUGAAAAAGCUUUGGCUCAGGCUCUGAAGGAGGGCCGGAUACGAGGGGCCGCCCUGGAUGUCCAUGAGACAGAACCCUUCAGUUUUUCAACAGGGCCUUUGAAGGAUGCCCCCAACCUGAUCUGUACCCCGCACACAUCGUGGUACAGUGAGCAGGCCUCCGUUGAAGCUAGAGAAGAGGCAGCCAGAGAAGUCCGUCGGGCCAUCACUGGUCGUAUCCCUGACAGUCUGAAGAAUUGUGUUAAUAAAGAAUACCUGAUGGCAGCCUCUCAAUGGUCCACCAUGGAGGCAGCUACUGUUCACCCAGAACUUAAUGGAGCCACCUACAGAUUUCCUGCAACUCUGAUCAAUGUUGCAACAGCAGGGGGCCUCCCAGGAGCUGGCGCAGGCGUUGAGAGCCUCGUUUCAGGAACCCUGGCACAUGGCAUAGCCCCCGUCUCCCAUCCCCCUCAUGCACCUUCCCCGGGGCAACCCACUAAGGCAGAACCCGACAGAGACAUCCCCUCUGACCAAUAGCCCCUCCCCGCCACCACCAGCACAUUCCGUCGUCUCUGGAAACCAAACGCCGCCUCCCAGGAUCAGACACAACCCAACCCUCCAGUGCACCGGCAGCACCAGUUUGACCUGCCGUGGAUCGACAGUCGUUUCUGUGGUCUCACCAUCAGCCCGGGAGCGACCUGUCCACCGCUAGGCCCAUCGCACCCACAUCCUUCCAACCUCAUCUCACCCACCAUCCUCUCCUCACUCCACUCCUCCACUAUGUCAGCAAUAACUGUCCUCAAGGAUUCAAUGAUUGGAUUGGUUUAGUUUCUUAGUUGGCUGUUGUUUUAAUGGAAAGUUGACCUUUUGUGGUUCUAGGUGUUGUUUUUUUUUUUUUUUUUUUUUUAAAAAGGAUUUUCUGACAAGAGGCUUUAGUCUACGGCCUCCAGCAGUCCUCUGCAGAUUAUGAAAACUAGAGGCACAGAGACAGGUUGAAACCCCACUUUGUACAUUACUGGCUCAAGUUACUGCUCUCUUCUUCUAUUCUUUUUUUCCCCCCUUGCUUUUCUUAUGAUUUGUUUUGAAAUGUGUACAGAAGUAAACCUGACAGAACUUUGUCCCUCCCACGAAACUUCUAGCUACUCCCUCAGACCUCUUUUACUUUAUCUCACUGGCACUGUCAUCAGCUUACUCAGCAGAGGGAUCUGUGAUGUGUUCAGACUGGAGGUCUCCAACUGUGAAGGUGUUUUAUCUGCUCCACUCAUACCCAAACCUUUUUACAUAUUGAUGCCUAAUGUUUGUCAACUUCUACUGCUUUUCUAGUUGCAAGAUAGUUGUCUUUAUAUUUACACACACAAGCUUUGCCCCCCCCCCCACCCCCACCCCAUGAAUUAGUUUGUGAAGACACAAUGGGUAAGAGCAUCAGAGAGCACACUGGUAUGAAUUUCUAUCCCUUGUCAGUGGUUUUAUGUGCCCAAACAGUAUGAAAUGUGGCAGGUUUGUCUUGCAGGAAACAUCAAAGAAUGCCAGCAGAGGGCGCUCUUUUUCUGGCUGCUCACAGCCAAUAGAGACGCCUGUAGUUUGUCUCAGGCGAACCGAGGGGUGGACAGUUACAGGUUAGCUUUAGUGAUGGACGACCACGAUCACUAACCGCUGCCAUUGAAAACAUGGGGGGUAACCAGGGAUCAACUACCACACCCCACCACCACCCUGCACCCACCCACCCACCCACUCACCCUCCACCCCCCUCCUCUUCUCAUGGCCCACCCUACAUGUAUGCUCAUAAACCAGUAUGCAUCCACCAACUCCUUCAGGUGUAAGAGGACAGUAUGGAUUAGAUUCCCUGUAGAAGCGAGGAGAAAGUGUUCCUGCAUGUGGCUCAUUGAAGUCAGUGGUGUGUGUGUGUGUGGGCGUGCGUGCGUGUGUUUGUUUGUAUGCUCCCUCACUCCGUUGUGAUAACAAGCUGUUGUUGUUCCAAAGGAAUUGUCCCUAGGAGUGACUCUUAAACGCUGUUGCCCUGGUGUCAAGGGAAUACCUUUCUAGUACCUCAGUAACAGAUAUUGAAUGUACCGUGCAUACCCUUUUAUUUUUUGUACAGAUUUUCUAGAUAUGUCUAUUCUAUCCUUUUACUAGAAGGGUUGGGAAAUUGUAGCAGUAAAGACAAAACUUAAAAAAAAAAAAAAAAAAGAAUGCCCCAUUAAAUAAUUUGACCAAAUUGUAGGUUCAGUAAAUGCUCAGACUUCAAAACCAGUACGUAUCUGUUUGCCUUUACUGCUUAAUUCCAUCAUUUUGAAAAGGUUCAGCACAAUUUCCUAAGUGUUCAUUCUGUUGAAGUUUUUCAACCUCAAUCUUGUUGGCUGAUGGAAAAAUGAAAAUACAGAAGGUGGUCAUUGUGGUCUGCUAGUUUUUGUUUUUUUUCCCCUUGAUUAGAGCCGUAGUUGUUAGAUGCUGUUUUGUUUCUUCUUUUUUUCCUCCCUUCUUUGUCAAGCUGCUCUAUCUAUAGUGCAUGUGAGGUCAUUUUAAGGGGAAAUAAAAUUGCAGCGCAACCCUAACCCUCCACCAAGUGUUUUCAUCCCAAGUGGCCACCCCCCCCCCUCCUCUCAGAGUCUAUGAAAAACGUGGAGCAUGUCUGCGUCUCAACAUGGUAGGCUCCUCAGUCAUGUGUGAGAAUAUAUUUUUAAAAAAGAAUAAUCCCCAUAGUUUGAAUUAUGAGCAUAAUAGUUAUCUUAAAUUUUGCUGUUGAUGAUUAUGUAUAUUUUUCAGUUCGACAGUGUUCUGUUUUUGAAAACUGUUUUGUUUAAUUGUAGGACUUUGUUUUAAAUGAUUAAGCUGUCCGUGUUCUACAUGUUGUAUUGAAACAUUUCAGAGGAAAAGAGACCCCCCCCCCCCAAAAAAAAACAACCCUUUUCUUCUUCGUCACUGUUUUUAUUUUAUUUUUAUUAGUCUUAUCCCACUCGUGCUGUCAGGCUUGUACCCUGUGGGCCUUACUUCUUUUCUCCCUGUUACAGUAGCCGUUAUAGAAAAUCGCCAUGGAACCACUCACUGCCUUAAUACAGUUGACCACAGCAGGUGAAGUCAGGAGACACAUCCAGCCGAAAGAGAAGGGGCUGCAAUCAAGGCCCCUCUGCAAAAAAAAAAAGAAGCUCCUCGCACCCUGACAGGCCUCAGUUUACUGCACCUUGCGAUUCUUUUUUUUUUCUUUCUUUCAGUGAUGAACCACAUUUAGCCUUGUGCAAACAGUAUUCACUUGUUCUGCAAUGUUUUAACGCUAGUGUGAAUUCUCUCCGUGCAUUAAUAUUAGUUUUUUUUGUUUUAUUUGUGUUGUCUUGUUUUUUUGAUAGUUCAAGCCACCCUGUGUGUGCGUGGUGCGUGCGUGUGUGUGUGUGUGUGUGUGUGUGUGCGUGUGUGUGUGUGUGUGUGCACGCGACAGACAAGCACAUUGUGUACAUUCACAACGCAGCAGCCAAUAUUUCAGUCGUUGGGUGUGAGAGGGCGCCGCCGCCAUCAUCACCAGUCUGGGCUCUUACCAGCGUGGCGAGUAACGGGGGCAGGGGGGGUAGUGGAUGCUGGUGUGGUCUAUCGGCAAAAAAAUUAUAAUAAACAAAAGAAAAAAAGCAGACAAUUGUGGUGAGAGUUGGUCACUUUUUCUCUCUCAGGGUUCAAAUGCACACAUAUCCUCCUGCAGUCACCUUCGCUCUCGUGUCCGUUUCCCAGGUUUUCCUCCCUCAGAAUGUAGAGCCGCCUCCUGCAGUUUUUAGAGACCUCCCGUUUCUCCUUUUGUGCGCAGGUCUGAACAGUUUUUAUUUCUUUCUCUCCCUCUCCUGUUUUCGCUUUCUUUAGCACUGACAUUUAACCAUCUAACAAGGCGUGGAUGAAUGAAUGUAUGAAAGUGACUGUGUGUAGUGUUUUAAAAUUGGGAAAUGUAUUUUUACAACAUGUGAACCUAUUUUUUUCCCCCACUCUCACUCAUUGUGAAUUGAUUUUUUUUUCUGUCUCCUUCCUUUCACCAGACUGCAAAAACAAAACAAAAAAAACCAACAGAAAAAAAAUCUCCUGUAACUAGGCUCUUAAGCUUUAUUUUAUUUUUUUGUUUACUUUUUUAUUAGAAACAAUCAUGUUUGUGAUGGUAACUUCCAAUGGUAAACUCCACACCGUAUUUUAAUAAAAUCCUAAAAAUUAAA